UUGCCCUUGAUCGGAAUUGUAGGCGGCAAAGAGGAAAGGCACCACGACAUCAACGAGUGAGGAUACGUGCCUUCCCACCCUUAUCUCCUUAUCGUUGCCCCUCGUUCGAGUAAUAAAGAGGCAUCGCCAUGGAGCCGUGGCCGCUGGCAAGGUAGGCAAAGCGUUGUCAUUUUGAUCGCGAGGACCCUGUCCGCUGCCCUACAUAUAACUGGCGGCCCUAGUCUCCCAUCAUUCCAUUCAACUACCCUCUACUGAUUCAUUCAUCAUUCAUCAACUUGCUCGUUAUUGCCGACGGCAAUCAUGGUUCUUGAGCGAGUCAAGCAGUUGGCACAGCAGGUGUCCAACACCGUCUCCCCUCCUCAUCCUUUGGACCCUCUUUCUUCUCUUGAGAUUGACACUGCUGUCUCGAUACUUCGCAAGGAACACGGCAAACUCUACUACAAUGCCGUUACACUUUUGGAACCUCCCAAGAAGGUAAUGCUGGCAUGGUUGGCGGAUCCUGCCCACACCAAGAGACCUGCUCGUAUUGCCGACAUCGUCGUCAUUACCACCGACGGCAAAGUCUACGACGGGCAUGUCGAUCUUACUGAGCAGAAGGUUCUCAAGUGGGAAGCGACGCCCGGUGUUCAGCCAUUGAUCACCAUGGAAGACCUAAACGCCGUGGAAAUGACCAUGCGGAAAGAUCCUAAAGUGAUCGAGCAGUGCGGUAUCAUUGGCAUCCCUCCUGAGGACAUGUACAAGGUCUACUGUGAUCCCUGGACCAUCGGUUUUGAUGAGAGAUUCGGCAAUUCCGUACGCCUACAGCAGGCGCUGAUGUACUAUCGACCUCAUCCAGACAACUCUCAAUACUCAUUCCCUCUCGAUUUCUGCCCCAUCUACGACUCCAACAAGAAGGAAAUCAUUCAUAUCGAUAUCCCCAAGAUCCGACGACCUCUCAAUCAAGCCCCGCCAAACGACUAUCACGUAAAGUCUAUCGAGGAGUCGGGCGGCUACAGGACAGAUAUCAAGCCCAUCAAUAUCACCCAACCUGAAGGUGUGAGCUUCAAGAUCAACGGCCGUAUCAUCGAAUGGCAAAACUGGUCCGUUCAUGUUGGUUUCAACUACAGGGAAGGCAUUGUCCUUAACAACAUCACCUAUUUCGAUAAGAACGAAAGCAAGGCACGACCGGUCUUUUACAGACUUUCUCUUGCUGAAAUGGUCGUACCCUACGGCAAUCCUGAACGCCCACAUCAACGCAAGCACGCUUUCGAUCUCGGUGAAUACGGUGGCGGAUACAUGACCAACUCUCUUAGCCUAGGCUGUGAUUGUAAAGGCAGCAUCCACUACAUGGACGCCGAUUUUGUCAACAAGGCCGGCUCAGCCCAAACCAUCAAGAAUGCUAUUUGCAUCCACGAAGAAGAUGCCGGUAUCCUCUUCAAGCACACCGAUUUCCGUGAUGACUCGGUCGUUGUGACCCGUGCUCGAAAACUCAUCAUCAGCCACGUCUUUACCGCUGCAAACUACGAAUACUGCGUGUACUGGAUCUUCCACCAAGACGGCACUGUUCAGCUGGAGAUCAAGCUCACCGGUAUCCUGAACACCUAUGCUAUGAACCCUGGUGAGGACACCAAGGGCUGGGGCACAGAAGUUUACCCUGGCGUCAACGCACACAACCAUCAACAUCUGUUCUGCAUGCGAAUUGACCCAAAUGUCGACGGCCCCAAUAACACCAUCUUCCAAGUCGACGCCGCCCAAGGUCCUGGCGAAAUCGGCUCCGAGGAGAACUUCUACGGCAACGCCUUCUACGCUAAGAAGAAGAAGUACACCAAUCCCGUCGAAGCCAUGGCCGACUAUGACGGCUCCACCUCGCGCACCUGGGAGAUCGCGAACGAGAACAAGCUGAACCCAUACUCACACAAACCCGUCUCCUACAAGCUGGUCAGCAGAGAAGUCCCGACCUUGCUCCCCAAGAAGGGUGGACUGGUCUGGAAACGUGCCGGCUUUGCCCGCCAUGCCGUGCACGUCACCAAGCACUCCGACGACCAACUAUACCCUGCAGGCCGCCACGUGCCCCAGACUUCUGGUGAACCGUCCAUGGGUCUGCCACAAUGGAUCGAGAGCCACCCUGACGAGAAGAUCGAUAACGAAGACAUCGUGCUGUGGCACACCUUUGGCAUUACCCAUUUCCCGUCACCCGAAGAUUUCCCCGUCAUGCCGGCUGAGCCUAUGACCCUGCUGUUGCGGCCAAGAAAUUUCUUCCUUCGGAACCCUGCACUCGAUGUCCCACCCAGCUAUGCCCGGACACCUACCCAGGUUGCUGCUGGAAGCACAGGUUGCGAUUGCUCGGAUAAGAAGAGCGUUGCUGUUUGAGCAUACCCAGAUAGGGGAACCGUGGCAUGGGUGGAUUUUGAAAUUUAGCGAAACGUGAAAAAAUGUCCUACGACUUAUCAUAGUGUUGUACGCAGUAUUCUAAGAUGA